AUGACCAACUCGCGCGUCGCCGUCACCUCGGACAAGGCACCGAAGCCUUACACCUUCCUAUCGCAAGCCAUUGUGUCGGGCGGCCACAUCUUCUGCUCGGGCCAGGUCGGCACUGACCCGGAGACGGGCAACCUUGUCGAAGGCACCAUUCAAGACCGGACCAGACGGAUCCUGACGAACAUCCAGGCGGUGCUAGGCGCUGCCGGGGCGACUCUGGGGGAUGUCGUGAAAGUCAACAUCUACUUGGCCGACAUGUCGCAGUUCGCCGAGGUGAACGCUGUCUACGAGACCUUUUUCGAAAGCCCGAGACCGGCCCGGACUUGCGUCAGCGUCAAGGGUCUGCCCUAUGGGACUGACGUUGAGAUGGAGUGCGUUGCCAACGCGGUGGUGAAGGCCUGA